GAUCCAGAACGUAAGCGACAGACAGUCCAACGCAGAAGCGAACACAAAAUAUUAUUCCUCCUGACGCUGCUGUCAUUCAACACCAUGAUACUGUCGAGUGUGGUCGUGUUCGUCGCGCUGGCUUUUGCCACCGCCACAGAAGUGCAGCAAUGCUCCGAAGGACCUGAGCGUGUAAUAGCAAGCAUGGUAGAAAUUCGACCCUGCAAAAAGUUGCCGUGCAAGCUAAAGAAGGGAACGGAGCAGUUUAUCACCAUUGAGUUUACACCAGAUACCGACUUCCACGAUAUAAAGAACAAAGUGUCAGCCAACGUCUUCGGAGUGAAUGUGCCUUUCAUCGGCGUGGACGGUAACUCCAUAUGUAGUAAAGUGUUCACGGAAAGUGACGAGAAAGCAGAGUGCCCUCUUAAAGCCGGCACGAAGUAUUUGUAUAAAGAUUCCUUCCCCAUCCUCAACUUCUAUCCCACGAUAGCCGUUCAAGUUCGCUGGGCCUUGCAGUCAAGUGAAAAGGAAUUUAUUUGCUUCGAAGUGCCAGCCAAAAUUAUUCAAUAGUAUAAAAUUAUUUAGAAGCAAGUAAUUCAUAAAUACAUUAAGGUUUU